AUGGCUCCCCCAAAACCCCCAAACCCCUCUUCUAAAGAGAUUUUAGAAGAAGCUUUACAAAUGUCCUCAUUACACUUAAACAAUGCUAUGGCUGAGACACAAGAGCAAAUGGAUGUAAGAUUUGCUCAAGUUCAUGAAGAGAUCUCCAAACAAGUGGGUCAGCUGCAUACAAGGUUAGAGAAUGACAAAGUUGAGGAAGAGUCAAAAUACCAAGCUCUUAUGGCAGCUCUGCAGAAAAUUUCCAUACAAAAAGAACAACAAGCUGCUAUACCUACCCAUUCUGCACAUUCUGGUGGCAGCACAUCAGGUAUACAACCCUCUUCCUUAUCUUUUGGGUCACCUACUUUAACCCAUGUGAUCACACCCACCCACUCACCCAUUACCCACACUGCUACCCCGACCCAUUCUGCUUUCAGACCACCCGUAACCCACACUUUUUCCCCCACUCAGCCCACUAUAUCUAUACCCCCAAAUUUUCACGCUGUACCCCCACCCCCACAUUUUAUUCCAUACCCCCCAUACACACCCCAAUCUGCAUUUGUCCCAAUCACACAACCAGACCCAUACCAUCAGCUAGCCCACAUACCCCCAUUACCCCCUUUGCGUUCACCAAAACUUGAAUUGCCUUUAUUUGAUGGGUCUAAUCCAUUGGAAUGGUUAUUUCAAGCGGAUCAGUUCUUUAGUUUUUAUAAUCUUCCACCAGAAAAUCGUUUAUCUCUUAUUUCAUUUUAUAUGAAGGGUGAUGCUUUAGGUUGGUUUAAGUGGAUGCACCAAAAUCGUUUGUUAACUGAUUGGGUAUCUUUCACAAGAGCUUUAGAAUUACGUUUUGGUCCUUCUACUUUUGAAAAUCAUCAAGCUGAAUUAUUUAAAUUAAAGCAAACUGGUUCUGUUAUGGAGUAUCAAACAAAAUUCGAGCAACUUGGAAACCAAGUGGUGGGGCUACCUGCUGUAGCUAUUCUAAAUUGUUUCAUCUCUGGCCUACAUAUGGAUAUUCAAAAUGAAUUAGCUAUCCAUAAGCCUACAUCUAUUUCCCAAGCAAUUGGGCUUGCCAAAUUAAUUGAGUCUAAACUCAAAGAGUCCAAACAAAAGUUCACUAAACCUUUUUCCACUUUCCAAAAACCAAUUCCCACACCCCCAACCACCCAGAAUUUCAAACCACACCCUUCUUCGGCUCAGCCCAAUCUUACUACUCAAAAAAGCCCCAACCCACAACAACCUAAAUUUCCCAUCCGCAAGCUUACCCAAGCCCAACUACAAGAGAGACGAGCCCAAGGCCUUUGUUUCAAUUGUGAUGAGAAAUUCAUCACGGGACAUAGAUGUUCCACAAACAGAUUUUUCAUACUCUUGGCUGAUGAGGAGGGAGUGAGUGUUGAACCAGAAAAUUUAAAUUUGGAAGAACCUCCUAUGGAGGCAGACUUUAGUGAUACUUACUUCCAGUUAUCCCCUCAAGCUCUAACAGGCCAUUACCACCCACAAACAUUAAAAUUCAAAGGAAAAAUCCAUGGGUUAACCGUUAUGGUUUUGGUAGACACAGGUAGUACUCACAACAUUAUGCAGCCCCGAAUUGCUCAGCACCUCAACCUCCCCACCACCCCAAUCAACCAAUUUUCUGUCAUGGUUGGCAAUGGAUCCCACCUUCAAUGUGAGGGAAUUUGCAACAAUGUUCAAAUCCUGCUUCAAAAUAAACCUUUCACCUUGCCUUUUUAUUUACUACCAAUUGAAGGUGCUGAUAUUGUUCUAGGAAUGGCUUGGCUUAGAACACUGGGACCCAUUCAAGCAGAUUUUUCAAUUCCCUCUCUCACUUUUCAACAUCAAAACACCCCCCUAACUCUCACCGGUGAUCCCAACUCAACCCCCAUAAAUACCUCUUUCCACCAAUUACGCCAACUCAUCCACACUGAUGCCAUUGCCUCUUUUCACUUAUUAAUAAUGGAACCUAUUCAGAACACUUCCCCCACAACUAAACUACCAGCUUCUGCCCCACCUAACCAAACCUUAUUACCCACCCCCCUUACAAGACUUUUGACCAAAUUUCAAUCAAUUUUUCAACAGCCAAAAGGCCUUCCCCCACCAAGACCGCAUGACCACCAUAUAAACCUUCUGCCCAAUACACCACCCAUCAAUGUGAAACCCUACCGCUACCCUCAUUCAAAAAAAGAAACCAUGACAAAAAUGAUACAAGAGAUGCUUCAAGAAGGCACAAUCAUACCUAGCACUAGCCCUUUUUCAUCACCGGUCUUAUUAGUCAAAAAGAAAGACGGAACGUGGAGAUUUUGUGUUGAUUAUAGAGCAUUGAAUGCAGUAACAGUAAAGGACAGAUUUCCCAUACCCACUAUUGAUGAACUAUUAGACGAACUCAGUUCCGCUACCAUUUUUUCCAAGAUAGACUUGUGUUCAGGAUACCAUCAGAUCAGAUUAGCAUCAAAAGACACGUAUAAAACAGCUUUUCGAACUUUCGAUGGGCAUUACGAAUUCCUUGUAAUGCCUUUCGGCCUCACAAAUGGGCCAUCUACUUUUCAAGCAGCUAUGAACGACUUACUUCGUCCUUUCCUACGAAAAUUUGUUCUUGUUUUCUUUGAUGAUAUUUUAAUUUACAAUGCUAAUUUUGAGGAGCAUCUAACACAUUUGCAGGUUAUUUUAGAGUUGUUACAAAAGCAGGCAUUUUUUGUGAAGCUACCUAAGUGUGUUUUUGCAGCAAGACAGAUUGAAUAUUUAGGACACAUUAUUUCAAAAGGAGGAGUCGCACCUGAUACUGAAAAAGUGAAGGCCAUUUUGGAUUGGCCAACACCACGUUCACUCUCGACGCUCCGAGGUUUUUUAGGCCUUACCGGUUUUUAUCGCAGAUUUGUUAAAGGCUACGCCACUCUCGCCGCUCCCCUCACCGAUUUAUUGCGUUCCACUAAUUUCAACUGGAGUACAGAGGCUGCCAAGGCCUUUACAGAACUGAAACAGAAAAUGACCGACAUGCCGGUCCUGGCUUUACCAGAUUUUACAAAAGAAUUUUCAAUUGAAACGGAUGCCUCUGGUGUAGCCAUCGGUGCUGUUCUGUCCCAAGAAGGUCACCCCAUUGCUUUUUUCAGCAAGAAGAUGUGUCCUCGUAUGCAAGCUUCUUCGGUGUAUGUUCGGGAAAUGUUCGCCAUCACAGAAUCUGUAAAAAAAUGGCGUCAGUAUCUCAUUGGUCAACGAUUUCAUAUAUAUACGGAUCAAAAGAGCUUAAGAAGUCUGCUACUACAACGCAUUCAAACACCAGAACAGGAAAGGUGGACAGCUAAGCUACAAGGAUUUGAUUUUGAUAUUUCAUACAAACCUGGAAAAUCGAAUCUUGUUGCGGAUGCUUUAAGCAGAAAGUUUGAACCAGAACCAGCAAUCUUAUUAGCUCUCUCAUCUCCUCUUCCAGACUUGCUGCACACCUUGAAACAUUUUUACAAAAAUGAUACAGUUGGUCAAAACUUAUUACAGUUAGCAACUCAGAAGUCUCCAAACAACAAUUACAGUGUGUGCCAUGGCCUACUGUAUUACAAACAAAGACUAUUCAUACCUGAUAUUGCUGAGUUGCGACAACAGGUACUACUUGAGUAUCACCAGACACCAACAGCUGGCCAUUCCGGCGUCAAGGCCACUUUAGCAAGAUUGCGAGCUUCUUUUUGUUGGCCAGGGGUGUACCUCGAAGUUAAAAACAUGAUUAAACAAUGUUCCAUAUGCCAGCACAAUAAAUAUGAUACACAGAAAAAAAAAGGCUUGCUGCAGCCAUUGCCAAUUCCGAAACAAGUUUGGGAAGAAAUAACAAUGGAUUUUAUUACACACUUACCAAGUUCUUGCGGUCAUACGACUAUCUGGGUAAUUUGUGAUCGAUUGUCGAAAUUUGUGCACUUCAUUCCUCUGCCUAACCACUUUUCCGCAAAAGACUUGGCAAACCGGUUCACAGUAGAGAUCUUUCGUCUUCACGGAGCACCUAAAACUAUAGUUUCUGACCGGGAUCCAUUGUUUCUGAGCAAGUUUUGGAAGGAGUUCUUUAAGAAUCAGGGGACGAGCCUGCAAUACAGUACAUCUUAUCAUCCUGAAACCGACGGCCAGACAGAAGUAGUAAAUCGAUCAGUAGAAACUUACUUACGCUGUUUUGCUGGGGAUCAUCCGCGUACUUGGCAUAAAUUUCUCCAUUUAGCGGAAUAUUGGUAUAACACAUCUUUUCACUCAGCAAUCCAGAUGGCACCUUUCAAAGCUCUCUAUGGCCGUGAUCCUCCAAGUAUCUUAGACUAUGUCAGCAACUCGGUUUCAGAUGUAGCUCAUGAAGAUUCUCUGCAACAACAACAACAGAUUUUGAACGACUUAAAAAUACACUUGCACAAAAGCAGAAUCGCAAUGGAAAAGCAAGCGAAUAUGAAACGAAGGCAUGUUACCUUUGUGGAAGGAGACUGGGUCCUUUGGAAGUUACAACCAUAUCGUCAGCACACGGUGCACCGUCGAGAAUCUCAAAAACUUGCGCAAAGAUACUUUGGCCCUUUUCGCAUCAUCAAACGGACAGGAACAGUUAACUACCUCUUGGAUCUACCUUCUUCAUCCCGCAUCCAUCCCAUUGUUCAUGUAUCUCUGUUGAAAGCAUACCAUGGAACAUUGCCAUUGAAGGAUUUCCAGCCACUUCCUUUACCGGACAUCGUCGAUUUCGAAAUGAACUCGGAUGAAGUCUGUCACAAACACAAACAAUCAGAUUCUAACACACAGACAUCACAGAAGGCAAAUACUAAGAAUAACGAGACUUUACCAUGUUCGUUUUCGUCGGGAACAACACAUGCAAGAGGAGCGGAUACGGGUUUGCACAGUGCCACCAGUCAGCCACAGGAUCUAACACCGCAAGGAGAUCCGAAUCGGAAAGGUCGAGUUGAAGUACAAAGAAGAAGAGAGAAGGUGCUUCAAACAAGAGGAGAUUUUGUUUUGAAUGGUGAAGAGGAAAGGGUACCGAAAGUGAAACAAGUGAACAAGGUAGAAAGGCAAAGAAAGAAAGGGGAUCUGAGAAAUGUUUACCGAGAGAGAGAGUUGUUGGAUUCACAAAGUACUCUACUUGGUGAUAUGGAGAAAGCCUCGGUGAUAACGUCUUCAAAUAACCAAAAGACAAUUAAUGGUACUUUAAUUGGGAAAGACUUGCACGCUUCACAGAGAACAGCUGGUUUCACUGCCCAAGGUGAUAAGUUUCAAUAUUCCAACCAAUCAGAGGCCAGGAAUCAGAUUCUUCCUUAUCUCCCAACGGCUAGCAAAUCCCACAAGCACGUGGGUCUGUCUCCCCACGAGGACAGCUAUUCUCCACCAAAAUCCCACUUGCAAGGAGGAAUGGGUGGGUUUCCAAUUUCUCACGGCCCAAAUACCAUUCUGGAUCCAUCAGAGUCUUUUCCAAUGAACCUUGAGGGCAAGGUUCUUGUUGGGCCCGGGAGUAAUGAUAAGAAGCGGCCCAAUAGAAUUAAAAAGAAGGCUGUUUGGCUAAAGGACUUCGUAUGA